CCUGUUUUGACCAGGGAUCUCCUGGUUUUGAAACUUUUCUCCUGGCAAGAAAUCUUCUGAUUUCAGGAGCUGAUUUUUAUGUUUUCUACUGAUUUCUCCUGAUUUUUUUAAUGUGACGAUUAGUGACGUUUUGAGCCUAUAGUGAUUUUAAAGAGAAAAGAAAAAAUCUAUAGGAGCGUUAAACUUAUAUAUGGAAUGAUAAUCGAAAUCGAAUGAAUCAUGAUUUAGUUGGAGCUGAGUUAAAGAUUAAAAUGAGCACUCAUUUUCAAUGUUACCAGAUGUCGAACUCGAAAAUCCGGAAAAUUGCGGAGUUUUUUUUAAUGCCGAAAAUGUUCGGAAAGCUUUUUUUGGGUGAGUUUUAUUCAUUUAAAGUACCUUUUACUCUAACGGAUUCGGAACAAAGAUACUCUUUAUUCAUAUCUACAACAUAUAUUUAAACAAAAAAAGUGCACAUCCAACAAUGUUGCUGGAUAGCAACCUCGAAAAUCCAAAAAAUUUCGAAAUGUGUUUUUCGAAAUCUGGAAAAAAUCGAGAAAAGCUUUGAAAAUUCGGUAACAAUCCAAAACAACUUUCAAAAUCCGGAAUUUUUCCGCAAAAUGUGGGGAUCGGGCAACGCUGCUCAUUUUACUGGCACACAAUUCUAUGAUUAUCUUGUAAAUGAACCAGAUCUUUCGAAAUAGAUUCGAUCGUCAUCGAAGUAGAGUCACGUCGUAAAAGUGCUACGAAUUGUUGAGUAAAUUGGUUAAGUAUUUUUUACUAUGUAUUCUAAUGAACACGUUUUAAUUAUCUAUUUAAAUAAAUUUUACAAAAUCAGCAUUCUAUUGACAAUUUUAACUCGCCUACAAGGAAAACUUUCAGCAUCAAUCUCAUUAGGAAAAGAGAUUAAUGCGACGGAGUGAAAAAUCGGAUGUUAUCAGAUAAAAACCAUCGAAUGACUGUUGAAUGUCAAAAAAAUACUCCUGAUUUAGGAAAAAAAUUCUCCUGAAAAACUGCUGAUUUUUCGCAAAAAACUGCUGAUUUCUGAAAUUUGAAUUUGGUAACCCUGAUGUAGUCUGUGGAUAUAUCAUUUACUCACACUCUAUGCCAUUCGAUGCACCGAAAUGGGGUAGUUUAUAUUAUUUAUUGGAUUUAAAUUAUAGCGAUAAUUAAACAAAUUUUUUAAAGCCCUGAAGUAAUUUAAUGGUCAUCUUUUCAUACACAUAAAAUGAUUGAUGAAUGCUUUCUAGUAACCUAGGUUAACUUAUUUAAAGUUUUACAAUGAAUAAGAAACAUUAUCAUUUUAUAUUGCAUUGUUUAACUAAUACGAUGAUCAACAGAAACUGACAACUACUUUAUUCUUAUUCUUUUGUUCGUGUUUGUGCGCGUUGUUUCUACAUCAUAGACAGCAGUAGCCUAAAUAUUCAGCAGAAUAAAGUGUACUUUUGCUCUUUUCUGGGCCAUGCAAAAAUAGAAAGGGUUAUUAAGCAAAAAAAACGUAACAGUUUGCAAAAACGAUACUUGCACAACAUGCUUCGUAUGUAUGUAUUUCUGUAUGAGGCUACAUAGUCUAUUUCAUUGAUGAAACAUAGGUCGUAAAGAGUACUAUAUAGUAUCAAACUGAAAAUCUUAUUCCUUUAUCCUUAAGAUCUAUCCAAGAGCUGUGAAAUAUGAAUUCCUUCUUAGUUAUUCUCACAGUUCCAUGAUUUCUAAAACAAAAACAUACAAUAUUCACAGCAAUAUUUCUUCUCACAUUCAUUUUGAUUAUCGAAUUUGUGAACAUGAAUGUGUUUAUAUGAAAGCGACUGCAAAACAGAUAUAAAUUUAAUUUUGUGAAGGAUGUAGACCUUUUUUCACCUAUACUCACACAAAAGUAAUUAUUGGUAACAUUCACAGACAAAUUACCAAAUUACGGUUAGUUACGAACAUUUCAUCAUUCACAUCUCAUUACCAUACCAAAACAAAACCAAUAAUUCGUUCGUAUCUCUCCAAAAUCUCAACUACUGAUAAACAACCAAUAAAUAUCCAUCACUAUAAAACAAUUCACUCAAGAAAAUUUCUACAAACAUUCAUUAAAACUUGUAAACUACAUUUUGCCGAACUAGGGUGUGGGUGUGGUGCGACUGUUAUUGAUGAAUGGCAAGAACACUCACACCCACACCCACCCUUUUAAUAGGACCGAUUAUUGAGAAACCGCUUAAAAGCUCCCUAUGCUUGAGUCUGCAUGAUCUUGUAAAAUCGACCAUUCAUAAUACAGGGGGCAGAAUACAGCACCUAACAUGGCAAUGAAAUAUGUUUUAUAUUCUAUGCUGUACUCAACUUACCAUGAACUCGUACAGUUCAGAUGUUUAUUUCGAUGUUUUAAACCCAGAUUUCAAGCAACUCCCAUAUGUUGAGAGAAAAUCUCCUUUGCAAAGCAUGAUAUGUGGAACUCACAUACAUUUGCAAGAAAAUGACGAAUGUAAAUUUAAAAGGGACAUUUUUGCGGCUUUCCACCUACUCAUUACUGACACUAAUAUAUAUUUUACUCCACUAAUUAGCACACUAUUUCUUACGUCUUUCCAACUCAAACGAUACAGAAAAAUGAAGCGUUACCCAUUACAGACACUAGCAGCUAGAUCUGAUCGCGUUCAAGAUUUUUUGGACCAUGACUUAAUUCAUUAAGCUUUUGCGGAUUUCGAAAUGAGUCUUAAUCUGAAAAUUCUUAAUGAAAUUUUCUAAUUCAAAUUUGAUUAUUGCUCAGAAGAUAUAAUAUAUUUGUUUUCUUUACCUUUAUAUAUUUCAUGUUCUUGUGUGUUUGCAUACUUUUUCUUUUUCUUUCAUUCUGUGUAACGAAGGAACAUUUGGUAAAGGGAAUAACAUAUUCUCUAUCAAUACUCUACCAUUUCAUACAGUCUUUACAGACAGCUAAACUAAAUCACAUAAUUUUUAUCAUUAUUUAUUGUUAUUAUAUCUGUACAAAUGGAUACAUAUACCUAUUUCGAAGAUUUAUCAAAUGAAAUUUUCUUCGAAAUAUUUGAUUAUUUACAUGCAUUUGAGAUUUUUACUGGUUUUACUUCAAUAAACAAACGUAUUUCAUCUAUGUUACAAUGAAUUCCACUUCGUAUUGUUGUUUUAUAUAAUUAUUCUCAUCGGCAAGUUGAUUUUAUUUCAUUUCAUCUUACUUUUCAUGAUUAUACAUCUGUUAUUGAUUUAUUAUUUCAUCGACACAAUUUUACUAAUCUUGAAACAUGUGUAUUAAUUGCAAAUAGUUCACCAACGAAACUUGAAAAUGUUAUUAAACUAGUGAAAACUCCGAAUAAACUUGUUUCAUUUCGUAUUUAUGAAUCAAAUGAUCAUAAUAUAAGUACAAUCGAUAAAUCUGACUUAGCUCGAAUUAUGUUAAUGCAUAAAUCAUCUGUUCAUUCAGUUCAACUUCAUUAUCGUUAUCAUUACAUGGAUAUAUCAAAUUAUACGUCGAUAUCUUCGAAUCUGAUCUUACUUAAAUUAUAUAUUUGUGGUUCACCCUUUACAGUAUCUGUUUAUUCAAUUUUAUCAACUCUUCACCUUUGUCAAACAAUUCGAUAUUUAAGCAUUAUAGUGGCAUAG